AUGCCUCCGCACCGCAGCCCACCACCUGUGCACUGCUGCCUGCACUGCUGGUCGAAGCCCCUUCCUCCCCUCAACCCCCCCUUCUCCUUCUCCCGUCCUCCUCUCUAUCCCUUCCUCGUCCCGCCGAACACCCACGGGGUUACCCCGUCCUGCACUGCUGGCGGAGCUGUUGCGAUUCCGCUGCUGGUCCAAACCCCUCCCUCCUGCCUCUCGCUCCCUCUCUCACCCCUGCCUGCCCUUUACAUCCCCCAGGCAACUGUUGGCGUGAUGCUGCCGGCCAACGUGGAAGAGGUGUCUGGGGCAGGUGGUCGUGACGCGGCUCUCUCAUCUGUCCUUUUAGACGCCACCACAACACACGCUGCAUUCCCGUUCUCGUGGCUCUUUCCUUUGGCCAAGGCACUAAACUGCGCGCGCUGUUUUGUGAGUGCCGUGGCCUUUUUAGACGAGAAGGGGGCGCAGCUCAAGAGUGUUUUGGCGCAGAAGGGAAGAGAAUUAUGGUGGGUGGGAAAGGAGGGGCAGGACGGGCAGGAGGGGCGGGAGGCUGUUGAUGGUCGUCGCGUCGAAGCGACGGACGGGGCGACGAGAGUCGCGACGGACGGUGACGGAACAGCGAGUGUAGAUGAUGAGAACGAGACGAACCGACUCGCCAUGCCGGAGAGGGCCGCAACGGCAGAGGCGCGAGGAGAAGCUGCAAUGGCGGUACUAUCCGGGAUGUUCAUGCGUGAGGGGCAAGCACGCAUCAAUCCAGACGCCAUCUGUCCAUGUGCGCUCACUCUCGCCUCACCUCCAUCCCUAUCACUGAAGUGCCCUCACUCUCCUUCACCUCUUGCCUUGCCGUCAACCUCUCCUCGCAUCUUUCCCUUUAGCACCCUCAUCCACACCUCAUCGCUUAUCAUUGCAUCCCUGCCAUGCCUUGAACCUCCCCCGCUGACGGGUGAGUGCCGUGGAAAUUCUGGAUGGCAGCGGGGCAGCGGGGCUCACAGCCUUCUCAACAACGUUCUGGCAGCGGCGCAGCAGGCGAGAGAGCUGUGGCAGGAGGGGCAGGAAGGGCGGGCGUGGUAUUGGCAUUGGCAAUACCACGCACUGAUGAGUGCGCGCAUCAGUGCAUCGGGGAGUUGGAGCGUGCAUUGGCAUCACCGAUGCACUGAUGCGCGCACGCAGGCUGCUCACGAGCGUUCUGGCGGAGGCCGAGAGGGGGAGGCAGCUGCGGCACGAGGGGAAGGAAGGGCAGCAGUGGCAGGAAGGCAAGGAAGGGCAGGAAAAGCAGGAAGCAGGGGAGCAAAGCGUGUUGGCAGAGCGGGAGCAGGGGGGGUAGCUGUACCAGGAGGGGCAGAUGGAGCAGGAAGCGGUUGGUGCAUGAGUGGUGGGGCGGUGCGAGCAGUGUGCUGGCAGAGGUGGAAUGGGUAA